AAGCUGGACAGGGCGGGUCAUAUAAGAGGGUCAUAGUAUAUGGGUGGUUUUCGCUCCUAUGUCAUAAGUAUCCAGCUGUGCUCUGGAAGGGAAGACCCUUGAUUGACACAACCCUUCCUUUUCUCACUUCGCCAUCGCUGAGCCAACUACAAAGAUGGCCUGGCCGUGGCAGACCUCGCUGGCACUCAUCCUCGCCGUCAGCGUGGCCAGCAACCCCCUCCAGAGGCCGCGCCAGCUGCCAUGGCCGGAUCCAAUACCAGCGUCCUCCAUCGGACCGCUAGACUGGUCCUCGAUCCACCCACCAAUCUUCAACAACCCCAACAAAGGCUACUCCCUCAGAUUCACCACCACUCCCCCACUACUACCCUCUUCCGUCGACUGGCGCAACCGCUCCGGCCUGAACUACAUCACCACCCCACAGAACCAGGGCGUGUGCAACAGUUGCUGGGCCUUCGCCGUCACCGCGCUCAUCGAGGCCAUGGUGCGCAUCGAGCACGGCGCGUGGAGCAAGCGCAGCGAGGCCGACGUGCACGACGGGCUGGGCGCGGCGUGCGAGAGCACGGGCAAUGCCGAGGAGACGCUCGCGUGGGUGGCCGGGCAGGGCGCCAUGUUUGUUGUUGCCAAUAACAAUGCUAAUACUAGUACUGACCCGGAUGCGGCAUCCCCGGGCCCGGGGAUUGCGGACUGGCCGUGUGAUCCGUACCAGGAUACGCCGCCGCAAUCGCAUGCGUAUGGGCAUUGUGCGGAUCGCUCGGGGAGGACGACGCGGAUUCCGCUUUACCAGGCGCUGGGGGUGGUUGAGGAUCAGAAGAGGUGGUUGGAUCAGUACGGGCCGCUGGUGGCGACGUUUGUGCUGUACGCGGACUUUGGGGCGUGGAAGCCGACAGGGGAGAAUCAGGGGGUGUAUCGGUGGGAUGGCGUUUCCGAGUCGACGGGCAACCAUCUUGCGCUUGUUGUUGGGUAUGAUGAUGGCAAGCAGGCGUGGAUUAUGAAGAAUUCGUGGGGCCAGGGGUGGGGAGACGGGGGGUUUGUUUACUUUGCAUAUGACAUCGCCAACAUCGACAGCUGGACCAAGUACGGUCUUUCCAACGUCAACCCCGAUCCGUGGACCCGCAGGCGCCACCAGAGCGGGAGCAUGAUGCAGUCUGGCAACGGCGACACACAUCGCAACUUCGAGCUGCUGAUCAGUGAUUCUAAUGCUCCUGGAUUCACCCACGUCUCCCGGGACGGCAACUCAACAACGUGGAGCAAGGUCUCCGAGAUCCAGGGCAGCUCCCUCGUGGGACAGCCAGCGAUCAUCGGGACCUCCUUCAACCGCGACUUCCAUGCGGUGGGCAUUACCAAGGACCAGACUCUCCAACAGUGGGCGUACAGCCAGUCAGCCAAGAAAUGGUCGCAAGUCUCGACCAUCGAGGACACCAAAAUCGAUGGCUUCCCCGGCCUAACCCAGAGCGACGGAUCCCAGCUGGUGAUGGUGGUGAAGCACGCCGACGGGACCCUAAACGAAUGGCAACAACAACCCAACAGCACAACCUGGACCCUAGCAUCCCCGCCGCACUCCCCGAUCGCAAGCAACAUCGCCCAAAGCGGCCCAUCCCUGAUCCAAUCCAACAUCAACCUCGACCUCUACCACCCCCUGGGCGGAACCUCCCACGGCAACCUGUACACCGUGGCCGUGCGCACCGACGGCAGGCUCCAGCUCUUCUGGCGCAGUAGUAGCAGCAACCAAAAUAAUACCACGACGAGUACCAGAUGGUCUGCCGGCGAGGUCUUUGCCUCCGAUAUACCCCUCGACACACCCCCCGUCAUGAUCCAGGACUUCUUCCACACGCGCAACGAGACCAGCGUCGGCGGCUUUCAGCUGGUUGUUGCCACGGCCGACGGUGGGGUGCAGCACUGGGAGAGGGUGAAUGACGACGACGACGAUAUUGGUACUAGUACGGAGGAGGAGGAGGAGCAGGAGGAGGGGAAGAAGUGGCGGCUGGUGGAGACGGUGGCGGGUGGGAGCCGGGUGAGGCAUGUUUGGGCGCUGGUGCAGGGGAGUUUUGACCGGAGGAUGCAGAUGGUUACGGAAGGGGUGGAUGGGGACCGGAGACAUGCCAGCUACGAAUACAAGAGCCACACCCUGAAGCGUGACCCUAGCCUGAGGUAG